UAAGCGACCGCGUACUGAUUUGGCCGUUCCAAAAUGUUGCUCAUCUUGACGCUAAUACUCGCCACCGUUGGUUACUUCCUGUUCAACUACCAUCGCCAAAGGCAGAAACUGUUGCAAAUUAAAUCACAUUUCGAUGGACCGGAUGCGCACUAUUUUUGGGGAACGUUCCCCAUGUUCAUCGGCAAAAGUAUUCCGGACAUUUGGGACAUCAUAACAGACUUGCACAAGAUCCAUGGUGAGGACAUUGCUAUCAUGGCGGCCUUUAACGAAUUGGUACUGGAUCUGUCCAGCUCGAAGAACGUAGAGAAGGUGCUGUUGGCGAAAUCGAUCAAGAAGUCGUUUGCGUAUGACUUUUUGGAACCCUGGCUGGGUACUGGAUUGCUCAUUUCCACUGGAGAGAAAUGGUUCCAGCGGAGGAAGAUCAUCACUCCUACGUUCCAUUUCAAGAUGCUGGAAGGGUUCUUGGAUGUGUUCAACAAGGAGGCAGAUAUUUUGGUGUCCAAAUUGAAGAGCAAAGCCGGAAAGGAGGAGUUCAACAUAUACGACUAUGUGACACUGUAUGCGUUGGAUAGUAUAUGCGAAACCUCAAUGGGUGUGCAGAUCAACGCGCAGGACGACCCAGAGAACGAGUACGCCACGGCCGUCAAACAGAUGAGCACGUUCAUCUUGCGAAGAAUUUUCAGCAUUCUUCGCUCCUUUCCGUCACUAUUCUUCCUGUAUCCAUUUGCCAAGGAGCAGAAGAAAGUCAUUUUGAAGCUGCAUAAUUUUACCAACACUGUGAUUGACGCGAGAAGGAAAAUGCUGGAAAACGAAAAGGCCAAUCAGAAGGUAUCUUUCGAUCUUCAAGAGGAGGACAUGUACUCCAAGCGAAAAAUGACCUUUCUGGAUCUGCUGCUGAAUGUUACCGUCGAUGGGAAGCCCCUGAGCCGGGAAGACAUUCGCGAAGAAGUGGAUACGUUCAUGUUUGAAGGGCACGAUACGACAACCUCGGGUAUUUCGUUUACGCUGUGGCAUUUGGCCAAGUACCAAGACGUUCAGCAAAAGUUGUACGAGGAAAUCGAUCGGAUUUUGGGCAAGAAUAAGGUAAGCGCUCAGCUGACAAACCUACAGAUUCAGGAGUUGGAAUAUCUGGACAUGGUCGUCAAGGAGUCCUUGCGGUUGAUUCCUCCAGUUCCCAUCAUCGGACGCACCCUGGUUGAAGAUAUGGAAAUGAAUGGCAUCACCAUUCCAGCGGGGACGACCAUCUCCAUCAAGAUUUACAACAUUCACCGUAAUCCGAAAAUUUGGCCCAACCCGGACGAGUUCAUUCCGGAGCGAUUCUCCAAGACGAACGAGAGCAAACGAGGUCCGUACGAUUUCAUCCCAUUCAGUGCCGGAUCUAGGAACUGCAUCGGCCAGCGAUACGCCAUGAUGGAGUUGAAAGUUACGAUCAUCAAACUGCUGGCCUGUUACAAAGUACUACCGGGCGAUUCGAUGGACAAGCUGCGAUUCAAGACCGAUCUGGUUAUUCGGCCGGAUGACGGUAUUCCGAUCAAGUUGGUUGAAAGGGUUUGAUGGAUAAAUAAAA